UAGCAGCAUACCUUACCGUGGUACCGGUAGCACCGGAGCGCAUCCGAGACAGGAACAAGAGAGAUUUCUAACCAGUACAGACAUCUCCGGCAUUUUUUUUUCAGACAGAAAUCAUGUCUUCCAUGAAAGAUCCUCGUAUCAUUACUUGCAAAGCUGCGGUUGCUUGGGAAGCUGGACAACCUCUAGUGAUGGAGGAAGUGGAGGUGGACCCGCCAAAGCCAAUGGAAAUCCGUAUAAAGGUCGUGUGCACGUCGAUCUGUCGCAGCGACAUCACGCUAUGGGAAUCUAAGGCACAUGCUCAUCUAUUUCCUCGGAUAUUUGGCCACGAAGCAUCAGGGAUUGUUGAGAGCAUCGGAGAAGGUGUAACUGAAUUUGUGGAAGGAGAUCACGUGCUUACUCUCUUCACCGGAGAAUGCAUGUCAUGCAAGCAUUGCAUCUCUGGUAAAAGUAACAUGUGCCAAACAUUGGGGAUGGAAAGAAAUGGGGUGAUGCAUAGUGAUAAGACGACUCGGUUUUCAAUAAAGGGGAAACCCGUCUAUCAUCAUUGUGCGGUGUCAAGCUUUAGUGAAUAUACUGUCGUGCACUCUGGAUGUGCUGUUAAAAUCUGCUCGACUGUUCCAAUGGAGAAAAUAUGCGUGCUUAGCUGUGGAGCAGCUGCAGGUUUGGGUGCGGCUUGGAAAGUUGCCGAUGUAUCUAAAGGAUCAACUGUAGUAAUAUUUGGCCUUGGAACUGUUGGCCUUUCGGUAGCACAAGGCGCCAAACUAAGGGGCGCAUCUCGAAUAAUUGGUUUGGAUACUAAUCCUGCAAAAUAUGAGAAAGGGAAGGCUUUUGGUGUAACUGAAUUUAUCAACCCAGAUGAAUGCAGUGAGCCUAUUCAUCAGGUUCUUAAGAAUGUGACCGGUGGGGGGGCAGAUUAUUGCUUCGAAUGCAUUGGUGAUACUGGAAUGAUAACAGCUGCAUUACAGUCGUGUUGUGAUGGUUGGGGUUUGACAGUUACUCUUGGUGUGCCGAAAGUUAAGCCAGAGUUCUCAGCUCAUUACGCAUUGCUUCUUGGUGGGAGAACUUUAAAAGGUUCUCUAUAUGGAGGAUGGAAGCCUAAAUCAGAGAUUCCAUCAUUGGUAGAUAUGUAUACAAGAAAGGAAAUCCUGAUAGACGAGCUCAUCACGCAUAACCUGCCAAUUGAGGAAAUUAACAAAGCCUUUGACCUGAUGAGGGAAGGGAAAUGUCUGCGGUGUGUGUUGCACAUGCCAAAGUAAUCUUUUGUUGGGUAUGCAUCGAAUAAUGGAGACUUGUUUUCCUGGAGCUACCAGUUUGGUGUUGAAUCCAGAGUCAACCUUUCAAGGAAACUGAUAUUGUUUUGCAUUGUGACAAGUUUCUAGCAACUGCACCAAGCAUGUCCAUAAUGGCAGGCGGCCUCAUCUAUGUAUUUUGAUGGUAAAUUAAAGAGUAGUGUUGUAACCAUAUGAAUCAAUGGAUAUAUAAGUGCUCCACUGCAUGUUUUCAAGUUUUUUCA